UGGCAAUGCGCGGCGACACGGUCGUGGAGGGCGACGACGCGCGGCUCCGUUCCUCUGGCUAGUCGUCGUCCCUAGCAGCUGCCUGCUGCCUCUCUUGGGUUUUUAAAGCGCGAAGAGGCCAAGCGCCGUUCCGUCGGGAAAUAGCAUCGCGGGUUUUGGGUGCCAGCGGUGCGCGCGAGCCGGCCCGUGCGUGUGCAGCUGCCCUUUGGUAUUACUGAGCAGGUGGCUCCAGCGGGAUCCCAGGGCCGAAGCCGUAGGAAGCGGCAGCCACCGGCGGUCGCUCGUUCCGGGCUUGUUCCGCCCGGGCACUUGGAGGAAGCACGAAGUAUGGUAUGAUAAGACGUGACCGCAAUAGUCGCUACCUCCGUCAUCACGAUGAAGAAGAUGAAGCCAAUGAAGUUACUGCUACUGUUCCUCUUGCCCCUCUGUUUGGGGCUGAGUAUGCAAGAGGACGACCUCGUGUUCGAUGAUGUCGGAGAGGAGACACCAACCGCAGCUGCGGAGUCGGAGCCUCGCCAACAUCAGCAGUCACGCGAUAAUGUCUCAUUGAAGGAAAAAACGACGUCGUCGACUACGCUGCCAAAAUAUGCCAAAAAAUGGCAACGAAACCAGAAGCUAUUGCCAAUACGCGAUUCUAUCGCAACAGUUGGUCAUGUCUUCAAGUUUCGCAUAUCUAAAGACAUAUUUAUCGGAAAUCUUGAUUAUUUCGAGGCACACGGCCUUGGGAGCAAGACUCUGCCUCGUUGGCUGCGUUGGGACGAGCCGGCCAACGUCCUUAGCGGCGUGCCUUCCCGCAAGGAUUUGGCACGCAACCCCAUAAGCAUCACCGCCUACGGGAAAAACGAGGAGGUGGCCCAAGGCUCCUUCACCAUCCAUGUGGUGCCGGAGAAUCGCGAGCGUUACAAGCACGGCGACGGGAAGAAAACAUGCCGAGAGGAGCAGGACCGCACAAUGCUGACGAUCCUGAUCGAUGCGAGGUACGACAGCCUCAAUCCGAGCACCAAGGUCAACGCGCUCGAGAACCUCGCCGGCUUCUUGGGACUGCACACGAGCUCGUUGUCCAUGUACCCGGACUCGGAGAAGCUCUAUUCCAGCAGUCCGCUGAGCAACGGCGGCUCGUCGGUCGUACUCUCGGGACCGGGGAACAUCAGCCGACGCCGAGAAAAGCAUUCGACGCUGGUGCAAUGGCAGGUUGGCUGCGACGGUCACUUUUGGCCUCACGAGAUUAACACGAUCAAGCUGAUACCGGAGCAGGCGAUGGACGGAACCUUGUCGGAGGUGAUGCAGCUCCCGGUGUACCAGUGGCGCGUCUGGAGCGAUUCGAACGGCUAUGAGCGCAAUCGGCGCGAGACCACGGGCUCGGGUGACAAUUUCCUCCCAGACGAGGAGGAAGAUGAGUACGACGAGGAGGAGUACGACGACGAGGACUAUGACACUAACGAGGGUAUCACUGAGUCGCCCCAGCAACCCAAGCAGAAGACCACCGGACAUCAGACAGGCGUCGUCGACGAGCACCCGCACAGGCACCAUCACGGCGAGGACAGCAUCGCCGGCAUCGGCGCCGACAUCAACAACGAAGAGGACUUCGUAUGGAGGAACGAGGGGAUCGAUAACGCCAUUUUCAAUUCGACGACGGCGAGCGCCACGACCCCGUCAACUCCAUCCACUAUAGCUGUUACGUUAUCACCGUCAUCAACGUCAUCGCCAUCCACAUCCAUAUUGACAUCGACAUCGACAUCGACACCCACACCAACACCAACACCAACACCGACGUCAUCAUCAUCCUCAACAACAACAACAACAACAACAGAAGCAGUAGCAGCAGAAAUAACAACAACACCACCAUCAUCCUCAACGACAAAAAGUGCAAGUGCAACCGCAACCGCAACGAGCGACUCUUCAACGACGACGACAUCCAUAGCAACUGCAGAACCCUCGAACUCGAGCAUAACGCCUCAAGAACCAUCUAAUCCAACGAUCGCUAACGCAACUACGACGACGACGACGACGACGACAACAGCUCGAACAACGUUCGACGGCACAAUCGAAAGCUUAACCACAGAGACGCCAGUAUCAUCGGCCGAUACUAAUGCGACGCAACCUUCGACCAACUCUGUCUUCCAAUCAACAUCGAGCAACAACGUCUCAACGGACGUGCGCUCAACGAUGGACAACGAAGAUUCGCUCACAACUAAGGAAGACUUGGAGAGUGAGACGGAAUCCGACAUAACGACGUCCAUGCAGCCGAACAUCUUCGUCGUCUCGGAAUCGACGACGGCCUCGGGCUCUGGUGCAAGCAUCGCCGAGGGGCUGCUACCAACAUUCGACCCCAACGUCACGUCGAUUCUCACUGUUGUAAAUGCUACCACGGAGGAGUAUACGGACGCUUUCGUGCCUUCGAGGGAAGUUCCAUUAAUCGUAAACUUUACAACUUCUCAGUGGAAUGAUAAUGUGACGGAGAGCGUACCCGCAAGAUCUUUCGAUCCCGUCGAAGGUAUUCAUAUACCCGAGUACAAUUCGACCAACAGCACUACAAGCACAACGACAUUAUCAACAACGAUAUCAACAACCCCAUCUACUCCGAUAGUUCCCAAUACUACCACCAGUGAGUCAACGACGAUGCCUAGUAGUACUAAUACCACGACUAAGAUGCCAGAAUCCACCUCGACGACGACUACGAUGUCGACGACGACCACGACCACUACGACCACGAUGAUGACGACGACAACGACGACGACGGCGGCGACAACUAAACAAUCGCAACCAAGCACUACGGAAACUCUAAAAAUUGAGUAUGGCGUGCGCAACUUCCCACCCAAAGUAGAAUCAAGACUGAAGAAGAUCCCGAUAACCCAGGGCAAAUUACUGAGCUACACGAUACCCGAGGACGCUUUCAGCGAUCCCGAGGAUGGAAACACUAGACAAUUAAGACUCAGAAUCUAUGAGAAAGGAGCGCCCCUCAAGUCAACUUAUUGGCUGCAAUUCAAUGAGGACACCCAAGAAGUUUACGGAUUACCUCUUGAAGAAUAUUACGGACCAUUUGCUUUUGAAAUUAGAGCUAUUGAUAGCGAAGGUCUAACCGCAAGUAACAGACUUGAUGUUUCCGUGCAGCAACAUAAACAGAUUAGAGCUAUGAAUCAUGAAUUUCACCUUUAUCUGAAAAUUGAAAAGAGGAGUGAAUUCAAGACAAACGUGGAUUGGGAAUUAAAGGUAAUGCGAAGUUUGGCUGAAUUAUACGGGGAUACCGAUCUGAACUACAUAACCGUUCGAUCCAUCGAUAUUGAUCGUGAUCAAGCGAUUUAUACGUGGACGAAUGAUAGCUUGGCGAGGUCAAGCACCUGCCCCCAGGAAGAGAUCAAUAGGCUAUAUCGAGUUCUUGUUCAUGACGAAAAGACGGAAGAUCCAAGCGAAGGCUUAAUGCGUGUUUUGGGUCCCGAAAUAAAGCCGAAGCGAGUAGUCUAUCAAGGCUUAGAGCAAUGCCAGCAGUCAAAGGAAACACAAAUCAAUAAAUUCCCUGUACCAAGAAAUCAAAUUGACCAAUUAAAUGCCACCGUGGGUCAAUUAUUUGUGUACAGAGUACCAAAGGACACGUUCUUCGACGAAGAGGAUGGCGAUACCGGAAGUAUGAAAGCAUCCCUACUGACUGCUAAUCGUACUGAAAUACCUCAAUGGGAUUGGCUACAAUUUGACAGUAAUAAUCAAGAAUUUUAUGGCGUACCUUUGAAACAAGAUAUCGGGCGUAAAACAUAUCAGCUGAUCGUUAAAGAUAGAGAAGGUUUGGAAGCAACUGACAGCCUCGUAGCCGAAGUGCAUAGCGCGCCUAUGCUACGUCACGUCGUCGAGAUAUCGAUGACGCUGAACAUGCCCUUAGAGGCGUUCGCCCACUCGGCCCUCAAAAAGCGCGAAUUCAUCCACAAGCUGCAGCGGCUCUACGGCGACAAGAACGCGAGCGCCAUCUCCAUCCUCUCUAUCAACGGCAAUCACGACACGACCACCGUAAUCUGGCGGAACCUCAGUUUGCCAACGCAGGAGUGCCCGAGCGACGAGAUAACGCGGCUGCGUCGCGUCCUCGUUAACGACAACAAGAGCUUCAGCGACGAGCUCGACCGCGAGUUCAACAGCGACAGCCAUCAGCCGGACUUUGCCGUUAUACAGAUCACCGUAGGCAGCACAGGCGCAUGCGGCAACGUCGGCAUCGGUCGCCCCGAGAUGCCGCCCCUCGACGACUCGACCUCCGUCGGAGCCACCCACGACGACUAUCUCAUUACCUUCGUCCUGCCGGCCAUCAUCAUCGUAGCUAUGCUACUGCUCGCCGGGCUAAUCGCUUGCAUUCUGUACAAGCGAAGGAGAAGCGGGAAGAUGAGCGUAAGCGAGAAGGACGACGAGAGACAGAGCUUCCGUAGCAAGGGUAUACCAGUGAUCUUCCAGGACGAGCUCGACGAGAAACCCGAUCCAGGCAACAAGUCGCCGAUAAUCCUGAAGGAGGAGAAGCCCCCGCUUCCACCGCCGGAGUACCAGCGCGCCGAGGACGGUGCCGACAUCCCUAUGCUCUCGAAAGAGAGUUCUGAGGAGCCGUACCAGCCGCCACCCCCCUUCGCCACUAAUCGCGAGAACAGCCGCCAGAACCGGCCGAAACCGACCCCGACGUACAGGAAGCCGCCCCCGUACGUCCCACCCUAACAUACCGGCCCAAAAAACGUCGCC